CCAGAGACCUUUACCGUAUAUGUCUGAGACACAUUUGACACAAUUUGGGUUGGAUCAAUAUUUAUUCAUUUUGUUGAUGUAAAACAAUGCACACCCGUAAUUUGCUUCAUUUCACUCGGUUCUGUUUUCUUUUCCACGCUUCCUUGUAGCCAAGUCUUUGCGCGCCUUUUACGCACACCCUUUGCGUGAUACAUAUCCCCAUGGUAACGAUUGUUGCAUCCAGCAAGAAGUGCGGCGGUGAUGCUGCUGCACACAUGUUUGUGAAAGCCAGCCCAUCACGAACGAGGCUAUAAAAGCCACGCUGCUCGUCAGACAGGAGUGACGAUGGGCAGCAAUUGUCCCGUGUUGCGUUUUUGCCCGAGUUGAAGAUGGAUGCGAUGUCAAACGAGAGCGACGCGUGGAACCGGAGCGCGGCUGGAGAGGAGACGUUCCGUUUUGAUGACACCGACGUGGGCGCCUUCCUGAGGAUCCUCAUCUCCGUGGUCUACUCGGUGGUGUGCGCCGUGGGCUUGGUGGGGAAUCUGCUCGUCUUCUACCUCAUGAGGCUGAGACAAGGUCGCAAGAAGUCGGCCAUCAACGUGUUCGUCAUCAACCUGUCCGUGACCGACUUCCAGUUCGUGCUGACGCUGCCCUUCUGGGCCGUGGACACGGCGCUGGACUUCAGCUGGCCCUUCGGGGGCGCCAUGUGCAAAGUGGUGCUGUCCGUCACGGUGAUGAACAUGUACGCCAGCGUCUUCUUCCUGACGGCCAUGAGCGUCACCAGGUACUUGUCGGUCACUCGGGCGCUCAAGAGAUCGGCGCCCAGAUGGUCGAGGUGUGUCAAGUGGGUGUGCGCCGCGCUGUGGUCGGCGGCCACGGCGGCCACGGCCCCAACGGCGGUCUUCUCCGCGGUCACCGUGGUGGCCGGAGAAAAACUCUGCCUCCUGAAAUUCCCCGAAGGACACGACUGGCUCGCCCUCUAUCACGUCCAAAAGAUACUCGUUGCUUUCAUUAUCCCUCUGAUCAUCGUCUCCGUCAACUACCUGAUGCUUCUGCGCUUCAUUCGACGCAAGAGCAUGUGCACCGGCAACCGACAGAGGAGAUCCAAAGUCACCAAAUCGGUGGCCAUUGUUGUUUUAUCCUUUUUCUGCUGUUGGAUGCCAAACCACGCCAUCACCUUCUGGGGCGUCUUAGUCAAGUUUAACGCAGUCAACUGGGACCGGUCCUACUACAUGGUGCACGCCUACGUCUUCCCAGUCACCGUGUGCUUGGCGCACGCCAACAGCUGCUUGAACCCCUUGCUGUACUGUCUCAUGAGGCCGGAGAUCAGGAAGAUGCUCAGUGCUUUAUUCUGGAGGGCCCCCAGUCCGUGCGCCAACGUCGACAACAACGACAAGGGCUGCAAGGCGCACUCUGUCCGGACUCCUGCCAAUGUUGAGUGCACCUUGUCUGUCGUCGAUCACCGAGGAUUUGCAAACUCCAGAAUGGAUUCGUGUCGUUCUUAAAGCUGACAUUGAAGCCUACUUUGCUCACUGUGAAUGUGAUCAUCGCGUGUAAUGAUUUUGAAAGUGUUUAUAUAUAU